UGCACUCAGUCAUUGUUGAGUACUUGGAAGCGUUGAGUUGAGCGUACACAUUCCUGCUACGUCAUUUGCUGCUUCAUCGUUGUUACUACGUGUUUCAUUGUCAAUUCUUAUUUACAUCAUUUUAUCAUCAUCAUGUUUGAGGCACGUCUUCUUCAGGGUUCUUUGUUGAAGAAAGUUAUGGAAGCAUUGAAGGAUUUGUUGAACGAAGCAGCCUGGGAUUGUUCUGAUGCCGGUAUCCAACUCCAAGCCAUGGACAAUUCCCAUGUCAGCCUCGUCUCUCUCAAUCUGAGAGCUGAGGGAUUUGACAAGUACAGAUGUGAUCGUAACUUGUCAAUGGGCAUGAAUUUGGGAAGCAUGUCCAAGAUCCUUAAGUGUGCUUCCAAUGAAGAUAUCAUUACGAUCAAAGCCCAGGACAAUGCUGAUACUGUUACAUUUGUCUUCGAGUCCCCAGAGCAAGAUAAAGUUUCAGACUAUGAGAUGAAGCUGAUGAACCUUGAUCAGGAACAUUUGGGCAUCCCUGAAACUGACUAUGCAUGCACCAUUAGGCUGCCAUCUAGUGAAUUUGCCAGAAUUUGCAGAGACUUGAGUCAAUUUGGAGAAUCUAUGGUCAUUUCCUGCACCAAAGAGGGUGUAAGGUUUUCAGCAACAGGAGAUAUUGGUACUGGCAACAUCAAGCUUGCCCAGUCUGCCAAGGUUGACAAAGAAGAAGAGGCUGUCGUCAUUGAGAUGCAGGAGCCCGUCUCUUUGACAUUUGCUUGCCGAUACCUCAACUCUUUCACGAAAGCCACCUCCCUUUCGAAAUCCGUUCAGCUUUCUAUGUCCCCUGAAGUUCCCCUGGUCGUCGAGUAUAAAAUCGAAGAUAUCGGCCACGUCCGUUAUUACCUAGCCCCUAAAAUUGAAGACGAAGAAGCUGCCUAAUUUUUGUAUAAGAUCACCACUGGCGCACCUAAGUUCUAUGAUGUCAUUAAAAAUCAUACACUUUUUGUAUUCCUAA